CGAUGGCGGCGGGCUGGGCGGCGCCGGGGCUGCUGCCGUGGCUGCUGGGCGGGCUGCUGGCGGCGGCGGCGGCGGCGGCCUCGGGCUCCGCGGCGGCGCAGGUGGAGGUGACGCUGCGCGGAGGCUCCGAGCGGGGCGAGAGCGGCGGCGGCGGGGGCUGCACCCUGCAGGGCGCGCUGCUGGGCCGGGCCGGCCUGGAGCCGCAGGCGGCGGCGGCGGCGGCGGCGGUGCGGGGCAGCCUGGUGCUGGUGAAUGACACUGAUCCCCAGCUGGAGGAUGAGGACAGCUGGAUUGGUGUUGUUCCGGUGGGGGAGGAACAAGUGGAGGUGCCAAAGCACCACAAAGAGGAAUCUUUUGCCAGCGCUGUGGUCAACAAGAUGAAACGGGCCCUCGUCUUGGGCGCUUCAGCCCUGCUCAUCCUUGCCCUGAACCAGAACGCAAUCCGAGAGCUGGACGUCUCCCAGGCCCUUUCAAAGCCCGUGGUGGUUGUCCAGACUUCAGAAAAUGUGACCAAACUCCUUGGGGCACUGCUGCGAGGUCUUCAGGCCACAGCAAAGAUCACAUAUCAAGCAGGACUUCUUGAGAACAUGGGGGUGACGCUGACUCUGUGGUCAACGUGUGGCCUCUCGCGGGGUGGCGUAUACGCAGAGUGGCAGGGAGUUAUCUGCACAGGCGAAAACAGCUCAAAGGUCCAGAAAUACCUCCAGCAGCUGUGGAAUGCCAUCCUGCUCAUUGCGCUGAUCCUGUGCACAGGUGUGAUUGUGCAGGCACAACGACAGUCCCGGCACAGUCAAUUGGACCAAGAUCCUGAGCUGGAUCUCAAACAACACAUUGCACAGAAGCUGUUGGCACUGAAAACCAGGCGAUACCAUCCUGGCAAACCACCCCGCAGCUGGGCGCAUGAGAUUGACAGCUGUGCCAUCUGCCUGGACCAGUUUCAGAAGCAUCAGUGUCUCCGGGUGCUACCCUGCCUGCACGAAUUUCACCGUGACUGUGUGGAUCCCUGGCUUCUCCUGCAACAGACCUGCCCCCUUUGUAAACACAAUAUUCUUGGCAACUGUUGCUGAGACAGCUAGAAAGACCGGUCCCUCCGGCCCUCCAAGGGAGAGAGCAUCUUUCCAAGACGACGUUAUCUAGAGCAGCAUUUCGCAAGCUUGGCAACUUUUAAGAUGUGUGGGCUUGGGCUCCCAGAAUUUGCCAGCCAGCACGGGCGUUGAAGUCCACGCAUCUUAAAAGUUGCCAGGCUUGAGAAAUGCUGCUCUAGAGUCUGGGGUCACCUCUGGGGUUGCUUUGGGCAAAGCAGCAGCGACGUUCCCUGUGCUUCAUCAGGAUGGGAAGUACAGUAUGCAUCUGUAAAAUAAUGCAUUCCUCUCCUUGGG